AUGCAGACAUUUGUCCUCGCCUUGGCUUUGGCAUUUGCUCUGCUGUCCAGCUGCGUUUCGGCUUGGUACGGCACGGUGACGUUCUACCAAAACGUCGAGUGGAAGGGAUCUACGUACCCGUGGGGGAUCUCCAAGAGCCAGCGCUGCUACAACCUCUCUUGCUUCAACGACAAGGCGUCGUCAGUGAAGUGGGAGGGCCUGCCCAAGGAGGGGAGCUUCAGCGGCAAGUCGCGCAUUGCCUUCUACACGUACAGGAACUGCAAGGGCGAGGUGAGGCACUGGCCGACGGACGCCGCAAACGACGACGGAGACACGGGCCACUACCCGAAGGACUUCACGCUGGAUUUCGUGAACGACAAGAUUACUUCGUUCAUGGUCUGGGAGAGCAGCGAGAAAAUCAAGAACGCCUAUGAUACGCCGUGUCCGUGGGGAACCAGCUAG